AUGAAGGCGUCCCAGGACCAAGUGGUGGAAGACGACUGUGCAUUAAAUGAUGAUGAGGAGUCCUUUUUCCAAGACAUUGACCUCCUCCAAAAACACGGGAUUAAUAUGGCUGACAUUAAAAAGAUGAAAUCAGUGGGAAUUUGCACAGUCAAGGGCAUCCAGAUGACCACACGGAAAGCUCUGUGUAAUAUCAAAGGAUUGUCAGAGGCCAAGGUGGAAAAGAUCAAGGAGGCAGCAGGGAAGAUGCUGACUGUCGGUUUCCAGACUGCGUUUGAAUACAGUGCGAAGAGAAAACAAGUGUUCCACAUCACAACUGGAAGCCAAGAAUUUGAUAAACUCUUGGGUGGAGGAAUUGAAAGUAUGGCAAUCACUGAGGCUUUUGGAGAGUUCCGCACUGGAAAAACCCAGCUUUCUCACACACUUUGUGUCACUGCACAACUGCCUGGGGAGGAAGGCUAUUCCGGUGGGAAAAUCAUUUUUAUUGACACAGAACACACUUUUCGUCCUGACAGACUGAGAGAUAUCGCUGAUCGCUUCAAUGUGGACCAUGACGCUGUGCUGGACAACGUGCUGUACGCUCGUGCUUAUACAAGUGAACACCAGAUGGAGCUGUUGGACUUUGUAGCGGCAAAAUUUCAUGAGGAGGGUGGAGUGUUCAAGCUGCUGAUCGUGGACUCCAUCAUGGCUCUGUUCCGUGUGGACUUCUCUGGUCGAGGGGAACUGGCAGAGAGGCAACAAAAACUGGCUCAGAUGCUGUCCAGGCUGCAGAAGAUCUCAGAAGAGUACAAUGUGGCCGUCUUCGUCACCAACCAGAUGACCGCUGAUCCUGGAGCCGGAAUGACAUUCCAGGCUGAUCCGAAGAAGCCGAUCGGAGGCCAUAUUCUGGCUCAUGCGUCCACCACUCGCCUGAGCUUGAGGAAAGGCCGAGGCGAAAUGAGAAUUGCAAAGAUAUUUGACAGCCCUGACAUGCCGGAGAAUGAAGCUACAUUUGCCAUCACUGCUGGAGGUGUCGCCGAUGCCAAAGAGUGA